UAUGGGACGAACCUUUGUACACCAAGUUCAACUUCAAGAUCUUCGAAGCUUCCACCUUUGCGCCGUACGUGCACGAGUGCGAGUUUGAGCACACGGUGAUGGUACAACAGGAAAGCGGAUCAACAAGGGCAGCCCUCGCCACUCUGAGAAGUCUCAAUCCCAACUCACAAGCGAUCUUUAAAGUGCUGGCUAAGUAUCAGCUGGAGAAUUGUGACGAUCAUGAUUAUUCAG